UGUCAUAUAAUCCCAGUGCCAAGGAAUAAUCAGAAACACAAUAUAACACAACUCCACGAUACAAGAGGAGCAAGUAAGUUUCGGGAAAUUGUAAGCCGUAGAGUUAGACGCGUGGCUAGUCGAAAUGGCCAAUUCGGUGCCUAUUAAGCCUGUGAUUUCUACUGUGAGUGGCAUCACAGCUCAGCCAGAGGGAGAAAUGGAUGCUUUAUUGUUAGGAAGAACGAGGGAUCUACUGAACGUCAGAAAGCUGGUUAAUACACUACGUGAAGCUGCCGAAAAUCAAGCCAAUGGUAAAGAGGAACAGGAUGUCUUCAUAACAGAAAUAGUAGAGAAUACAGGCAAAAGGAAGAUAACUCAAUGCGCAGAGCCAGCCACUAAGAAGUUGAGACUUUGGAUCAACAGUAAACCUGCAUCGAACAUAAAUAGAGACUCCAAGCUAAACUGA